CACAUUUUGGUCCCGUAAAAUUUAAUCAAAAUUAUGACGUUGCAAAAAUUUUGGUAAAACUAUAAAUAAAUUGAACUGAAAUUCAUUGGUUAAAUCCAUAUUGUAAAAAUGUCAAAGGAAAUUUCAAAAAUGCGAUUGCCGAAAAAAAGCUUCUCAGAUGGCUUCAUAUUGGUAAAUUCCAAGAAAACUGGAAUGGCGAAUAUUUAUGCAACCAUUAAUACCUCUGAAACACCAAAGAAGGACAAUGAUGCUAGCUUAUCAGUUCAAUUGCAUCAGAAUAUCUGUGGUGAUGGUUUAAAUACAUAUUCGUAUAUUCAUGAAUGUGAUGAGGAAGGUGAUAUCAUAGACAAACUAAUAAUAUCAAAAUUGAUGAUUUUUCAAAAUCGAAUAAAAAACUUAAUAAAGCUUUCGAAAAAAAUAGAGAAAGGAAUAUGGAGGAUAGAAGCGAUGCAACGCAAUGAAUCCAGUACGUAAACAAUAUGUCCUGAAAAGAAGAGGAAAACAGAUUUAGUGUAGGAAGUGGGCGUGUUAAACUUUUCAAUUAAAAUUUUGGAGGAAAUAUAGUUACAGGAGGUUUAUUGUUUGUAAGAGCAGAUGAAGGAAACCCAUUUACAAGAUUGUCAGUUGAUUAUAAUUCGAACUCCUAAGUAGAAAAUACAACUACACUUUGAUGCCAUUGAGUGCUUGUAUUGAUGGCAUGAUUUGUAAAAUGAUCGCGUUAUUCCGUGCUACACAGAGGGACGUUUAACUUACAACUUACCACAUUCUAGUUUAUUUGUUUAUUUUACUAAAUUUUUGAUAAUGGUGAUGAGGAUGUCUUUCUUCAUCUUUCGAGUGACAUACAUUUAUGAAAUGGAUUUUUUUAUAUUCAUUACUA